GUUAAUCCUCUCUAAAACUUGUCGUUGGGUCCCUGAACCUUCACGCGCCCAGACCUGAGCGAGUUCGUCUGACAUCGAUCUCCGUUUCCAGCCAUGGCCGCCUCCGUCGCCCUCCGCCCUCCUCUCCGUGAUGGCUCCAGUGAUUCCGGCGGCGGAACUGGUGGGGGUGGGAAGGCGGCGGUGGAGGAGGUGGCGGGAUUCGCGGGAGCUAUUGGAGAGAACAGCAGAGCAGAGGGGGAAUUUGUGGAGAAUGUCCGAUGGUUGGGCAUCGGGGGUUUCCCGUGUUUCGCGACCCACUGCGGUUGGCUGGUGGUUUUCUAUUUCCUAAGUAGGAGAAGAGAAAAAGGAAGAAAACUUGGGAAGCGAAAUGGAACAAGAGAUAUUUUUUCUCGACUUUCCAACAUACCACUGUUUAAUUAGUUCUUGAUCAUCAUUCUGUCGAGAUAUCAUGUUACAAGAAGCAAUGCCGUUUCCUGGAUGCAGUGCGGUGUUAUUUAUCUGAAAAGGCCUAUGUGCUCCAAAAUCUCUUGCCAGUAGACGGGAGCUGGAUUUGGGUCAUAGAAAACUCAUACGGAAAUUCGGUCAUCACAAGCAUUACCUGUUGCUGACUUUAAGCCUUGCAAUUACAAGCCCUCCACUGAGAUCAUCGGAGAAUCUUAUCUGAGACUUGUUCCAGACAUCAUUAAAUGAAUCCUGCGCAUGGGAAUGUGAGUAUGGAAUGGGAAAAGACACGUCUUGAGGCCGCAACUGUUAAAGAUGAUGAACAUGGCCUGCCCAAGCCUGGAAAUGAGCCCAUAAUUGAGGAAGAUGCACUAUGCUUAUCAUUCUCUUCCUCUGAUACAUCAUCUGAAGAAGAUUUCUUCCAACUAGAUGCAGUUGAGCUAAGCACAGUGACAACAAGACAUGACGAGAUGCCAAGCAACAACAUAGGACCUCCUCAACUUGGAGAGAAUGCUCAGUUGGAAGCAGCAGUUACUGUCCCUGCUGGUAAACUCGAAGUCAAAAGUCUAAGUCAGGCUGAAAGUACACUUGCUGGAUCAGUACAGGCAGGUCAGGUGUCAGUGGAAACUUCAUUCUCUCCCUGUGGUAAUCCUGGAUCAGAUAAUGUUGGAGCAAAGCAGUCCCCUCCAGUCCAGGUGAUGGGGAAAUCAGAUGGCUAUGAUCCCAACAGGAUCCCCUCUUCCAUUUUCACAAGCACCAAGUCUACAGCCGCCCCCAUGGAAUGGAGUGUCGCUUCUAAUGAAUCGUUGUUCAGUAUCCAGAUGGGAAAAUCUGGAGAGCUGACCGGCGACUACAAUGGCCAAUGGGAUGGUUAUCCUCCCAUUUCUCCUCUACCUGGCUCUAGUCCAGAAAAAAGUGUGGGUGCAGGACUGGGUUUAGAGGAACCAAGUGUGGCUGAGGCAGCUAAUGCUGAGGCCAUGAAGGAUGUUUUAAGGGCAGCUGCAGAAGAAAAAGGCAAGCCUUUAGCUGAGGGUGUGCCUCAUUCUGAUAGUAAGCGUUCUGAUAGCAGUGUUAACAGCCACCGCUCUUUUGCAUUUCCAAUAUUGACAGAUGGAAAAAAUGAGUCCAUAAAGGUGGGAUCAGUGCAUCAACAUGCACCAAAAGAGCAACCUCAGCCAGAGUCUGGUCCUCCAAAAGCAGUUCCUGAUGCUGCAGUAAAGAAAUGGUUUCCAUGCUUUUCCUGUUGCCCAUUUUGUUGCUGAGAGUUGGUGGUUUAGCAGUGAGAGGAUGCAGGAAGGUCGCCACACACCUUAAUAUCCUCUAGGGUGCCAAAAAGUAUGGAGGGAAACUCAGAUCAUCGUUGUGCGGAUCAAUGGAAAGAGUAGCUCCUUCGCCCUUGCUCCUCGGCGAGUUUUGCAGAACUCAUAUGCACCACGAGCAUGAACAGAUGGCUGACUACCUUGCUGAUUGGAGCUGCCGGGGCAAGUUUUGGUUUCAGAAUUUGCUGCUUGUCUGAUCUGUAUAAUUAUGGCUGAUGAAUCUUGUUGUUUGUUUCCUGAAAUAUAGUUGCUUUGGGUGUUUGUCCUCACAUUUGCUGUCCCAAGGAAUGAUUAACAGAUGGAUGCUGCUGCUCCGCUACAAAAUAGGUGCCCCGAUCACAACCCACCAAAUUCACCAUGGGGCAGAGUCGAAAUUGAAUAUAGUGUUAUUUUAAAAUCAAAUGUUUAUUCGAAAAAAAUUUAGCAUAAU